UCCAUUGAUUUCCGUUCAGAUACCCGUGAAAACGGCAGGUGCGUGCAGGUGCUUUGUCCUCUUCUAAAAUAUUCAAACACUGGCAUUCUUAUAUAAAAAAAUAAUCCUUAGAGUUUCAAAUACGAUGUGAGAAAGCGCGAGGCAUUGUUUCCAUCGUUGAAUAGGGACGUUCAAAGCGCCGUUAUGUUUCUUUCGGCGCAUCAUCAUGUCCAGCGAGCGCUCAUCUGUUCUCUUCUUCUCUGGAUGAUGAGCACGGUGAUGACGCGAUCCUCUCAAACAGCUGAUCUCAAAUCCAAAAUAUCCGGCGUGGAGGAACUUCUGGAGGAAUUCCGCAAGCAGUUACAGCAGGAUGAGUCGGACUCGAGAGAGGAUGAGGAGUAUGGAGAUAGCUGUGUGAGCGGGUUCAGGUCGGUGGAGGAGCGCAUCAUCCGGGCGAGCGCGUCCAUCGAGCAGGGCGCCGCCUUCCUGUCCGCCCCGCAGCGGGUGUUUAGCUGGAGGGACUGCGUACACGUCUGCUGCUCUCAUCCGCACUGCACGACCGCCAUCAUCCAGGAAGACCUCAAGCAGCCGGACGAGAGUUUACGCUGCUAUUUAUUUAACUGCACGUACCGGGGCAGAAAUGUGUGCUCGUUCUCCUUCCAGCCGGGAUUCAGCUCCUACAGUUGGGCGAACGACAGCUCUAGACCGCAUGAGCCCACCCGGAGCCCUGCGUCAACUGACCAGCCCAACACAUCAGCCAGAGGACCUUCAUAUGGGAUGGAUCAGGAGGACUCCUUAAUGCAGGGUUUGGAUGAGCCACCUCGCAGUGACGCGGGACAGGACUUGGUGGUUCAGCUGCCGACGGACUGGGCGGUGCUAGACGGUAGAGAUAGCACUGAUGAUCAUGACAUCACACAUUAUGAAUGGACUCUGGUUAAAGGAGACCCCUCAGUUAACAUGAAGGUGACUCACCAGGGCCUGCUGAAACUCAGUGGUCUCAGAGAAGGAGUUUACACCUUUCAGAUGACUGUCACUGACACAGCUGGACAGAAAAGCUCUGAUAACGUGUCCGUCAGUGUGCUCGCACCCGCACCAAAUGCAGAAGUGUGUACAGGUCACUGUUCUCGGUAUCAGUUCAUGUGUGAUGAUGGCUGUUGUAUUGAUAUUGGUUAUGCCUGUGAUGGAAAGCAACACUGCCCUGACCGAUCUGAUGAAGACUUCUGCCAAAACUCUGAUACUGGUCAUAUGUCCAGCCCCCCCUCUAAACAUAGACCAGAUAUACAAACUGAAGCAGCAGCCCAGAAGCCCACAGAAAUACAAAUAUCUGAUAUCCCUCAUAAACCUGAACAACACCAACAUUAUGGAAUAGGCAACCAAGAUCUCUGUGCAGCUCCUCCAAUGGUCGGCCCUUGUAAAGGUGUUUUCCCACGCUGGUAUUAUGAUUCUGCAGCAGGAGAGUGCCUACACUUCCUGUAUGGCGGCUGCAAGGGAAACCACAACAACUUCCUGCAGAAAUCUGAUUGUGUGAAUGAAUGCAUCCAGACUCCAGCAGUAACAAAACAGCAGAUCUCUGCAACUCCAUCACCCAGCAUGAAAACAUACACAUCUCCCUUUGAUGCUGUCUACAAGGAAAAAAUGCAGUAUCCUCUCAUAGACUCACAGAAUUCACUGCCAUCUAAAGCACAUCACUUGCUGGAAGGACACCCGCCCCCCGAGUCAGGUGCAAUCUUACCUCUAACUCUGGGUCUGAUCAUCAGCACUCUGCUCUUGCUAAUGGUGGUGUGCAGGCUUUGGCUUGUACGUCGCAGACUGAAAAAAGCACUGCCUCUCACCACAGAAGAGUCUGAUUAUCUCAUUAAUGGCAUGUAUCUGUAGCACGACAUCCACCUGCCAGUCAACCCUCCAAGCAGCUACAUCGGUGGUUCUCAACUGGAAACUGUAUUUACAAUGGACAUCAAGUGGCGACCUAACACAGUACUAAAAUAGUUUAUCGCAAUUUAUUUAUACCACCAACUGCACAGUCCCAAAAAUAAGCAAUAGCUAAUAACCAAUAACUACUCCACCACACACAAACAAAUUGUUGUCAGCACAGAUCAUAUUUAUUAGCCACAAGAUGUAAACAUUAUGCAUACUAGCAUAAUUUAAGUGUGAUAAAAUCUCUGUUCUAAAUUAUUUUCGUGUGAUAAAAUUGCUUAAGGGUACGUCAUUAUAGCAGCAAAUUUCUAAUUUAACUUCUCACUGACAGGGUCAGUAAAGGAUUUUAUCACAUUAAAAUUAUGUUAACACAUAUAAUGUUUACAUCUUGUUGCUAUACUUUUGAAAUGAUAUCCCCUAUACCCCCCCCCCCCAACCCCUUUUUUUUCUUUAAAUAAACAAGGUGCAAGUCAACAAAAACAUGCCACAAAUGCUGUCGAUUGAGCUUAACUUUUAUUGAACCUAGAACAUUCCUUUAAGCCUAUUUAUUUUGCUAUCUUCGUAACUACGCAGCAUUAUACGAUUAGUUGCAUUUUAUUAUUUACAUUUAGCUUUUUUUCCCCUGCUCUCUGUGACCCUGUCAGAACAGACAUCCAACCCUUUUUUAGGCCAUGAUCAGUGUGCUUCAACAUGUGGUGUAUGUAGUGGAAACAUGAGUGUUUCUAUUCUUUUGACUGAUGGUAAAUCUUCUUACCAUUGAUAACUACAUUUCCCCUUGAAUACAGAAUGAGACAAAUGUCUUGGGCUUAAUUCCAAUUCAUGCUCUGUCCGUAUAUGUAUGUGCCUCCCAAAUCAGAGUGUAUUGAAAAUACUGAGAAAGGUUCCUGAAUGGUGUAUCAUUUUCGGGGGAUUUGCACCUGUAGGGUUUUUGUGCUAAUAAUACCCACACCCAAUUGGCGUACUGGCUUACGAUAUACUUACAAUUAUGUACUUUUUUACUGACUAGUAUAUUAAAAUUUGGAUUCAGCCAGAUAUACAGUGCAUCCGGAAAGUAUUCACAGCGCUUCACUUUUUCCACAUUUUGUUAUGUUA